GGAGGAAAAAAAGUAAAUCGCUGCGCUCUGCUCGGCGCACAGCCAAGUGGGCACCAGGGGCCGACGGGAAAUCAGGGUGGGGGUUGGUCGGGUGCGUUCUUGGAGAGGGUUGGACUUAAGGCAACCAAUGAGGCGGUCUCCCGAGGUGGCUACGCUGACAGGAGUUGUCCGUCGGUUAUAUACUCCACGUCUCACCGAGAAGGUACAUUUAAACCUAAUUCUGUGGCGGAGACGAGAGUGGAGAAAAGAGACGCGCACUUAAUGCACGACGACGACUACGACAACAACAACAACAACAACAACAGCAGCAGCAGCAGCUGAUACUCUCUCAUUGGAGUUCGAUCGGCCAAAUAGGGCGUCUUAUUCUGUGAUUUGUGGCGUUCGUUGGCAAGAUUUUUUUUUGGAGAUGUCCAACGUGCAGUUAUCGUGCAGCGCGCUGGAGAGGCUGGUGGCCAGGAGGACCUUCCCUCUCCACAAACGCACGAGCGUCUGCCGCAACCUCUUCGGCCCCGUGGAUCACGACGACCUGAGCCGGGAGAUGAAAGACAAACUCAGGGAGAUUUCCGAACGGGACCAGCAGAGAUGGAACUUUAAUUUCGAGGCCAACACCCCGCUGGUUGGGGAUUACGAGUGGGAAGAGGUGCCCGUGGAUACGACCCCGGUUUUUUAUAAGGACUCUGUACAGAACGGCAGGACCAGGGCGGCCGAGGCACCCGUCAAGCAGAGGCCCCACUCGGACUCUGUCGUCCCCUCGGAGACGAGCCCCGACAUGGAUGUACUGGAGCGCCUGGCCGUGCCCGAGAGCAGCAGCAGCAGCAGCAGCAGCGCUCCUUGCCCGGCGGAGGUGAACCAGGAGAACCGCGCAGAGGAGCUCAACUCGGGGAGGCCAGCUCACAGACAAGUUCCGUGUGUGAGACGCAAGAGAACGACGGCCGCGACAGACAACAACACGCACAUCACAGACUUCUUCGUGAAACGAAAGAGGGCCGCCGAUAAAAAAUCGAACGAUAUGAGCGCUUUCCACCUCUCCAAGUCCCCGAUCCCGCUGGAACAAACUCCGCGAAAGAGGAUUCGUUGAAGGUGUAUUCUUUUUUUGGGUAUAUAUAUAUUUUUUUUUUGCACUAUUUGCCUGCGCAUUUUUUUUUUUUUUUUUUUUGUUGGAGAGGAUCAAGACGAGGAUGUUUUCUCUCGGUGCUUCUUCGACGCCACACAGAGGAGAAAACAACCGGGGGACGGUGCAGGGAGAAAUAAGCCCCGACCGGCCCCGGUUGCUUCGGCUCGACUCGGCUCUUCGGCUCGGCAGCCCGAACAACCUGGACCAGACUCUCAGGACUGAACGGUUUGGAGGAGGAAAGGGGGGGAGGAGAGGAAAGAGAGGACAUUUGGACCGAAUGACUUCUAUCCAGUACAAAUGUAGCAUCCAUUGUUGCUUUUGCAUACAGCCACUCGACAGUGUUAAAUGUUUUAACAUCUGUGCAAUCCUUAUAUUACUUUUAAAAAAAAGAAUUGUCUACACUGGCCAAAAGUGUACAGCUUUAUAGAGACAAUAAGCCUAUAAUUGUUUAUUUCUGUUCCGUUAUUUUUUUCCUUCUGUAUAUGUAUAUUUUAAGUCUAUUCUAACUUAUAAUUUAUUUAUGUUUCUUUUUUUAUAUUUGUUAAAUGCCUUGUUGGUUUAGCCAAAGGGCACGCUUUUUAUUUUAUUAUUAUUAUUUCCCAUUUUUGUGUUGUUGUGAUGUUUUUUUGCAAUCAUGUAGCUUAGUAGUCAACACUUGAAAAAAAAAACCCAUAGGUUUCUUUGUGUUUCUGAGCCGUUUUUCUUUUUCUUUUGCAUACAUGUGCCCUAAUUAUGUCUUGUAAAAGAUGAGAAUAAAAAUAUUUUUCACUUCAACUUUAA